GCUGCGUGUCGCACGACGCCCUCCCCCGUGCCCUCCUCCUCCCGGGGCUCCCUAGCCCUCCUCCUCCAACCCGCAUCUUCCGGCGCCGCUCCUCGGGGCGGAUCAUCGCCGGGAGGAUCCGGCCGGAGGCGAGGUCGACUCCAUUGGAUUCGAUUCGAUCCAUCCACCAAUCCGAUCCAGCCGGCGGCGGCGGCGGCGGCACCAUGUUCUCGCGAUCCUACACCAACCUGCUCGAUCUCGCCAACGGCAACCUCUCGGCGCUCGACUAUGCGGGCUCCGGCGGGGGUGGCGGCGGCGGGGGCCGCCCACCCCGACCCAGGCGGAUGCAGCGCACCCUAACCACGCCGGGGACGCUGGCGGACCUCGACGAGGAGCUGGCGGGCAGCGUCGCCUCGGACGUGCAGUCCUCGCUCGCCAGCGACCGCAUCAUCGUCGUCGCCAACACUCUCCCCGUGCGCUGCGAGCGGCGCCCCGACGGCCGCGGCUGGGCCUUCUCCUGGGACGAGGACUCGCUGCUCCUCCACCUCCGCGACGGCCUCCCCGACGACAUGGAGGUGCUCUACGUCGGCUCCCUCCGCGCCGACGUGCCCCCCUCCGACCAGGACGACGUCGCGCAGGCGCUCCUCGACCGGUUCCGCUGCGUCCCCGCCUUCCUCCCCCGUGACGUCUGCGACCGCUUCUACCACGGCUUCUGCAAGCAGACGCUCUGGCCGCUCUUCCACUACAUGCUGCCCUUCACCUCCGACCACGGCGGCCGCUUCGACCGCUCCAACUGGGAGGCCUACGUGCUCGCCAACAAGCUCUUCUCGCAGCGCGUCAUCGAGGUGCUCAACCCGGAGGACGACUACAUCUGGAUCCACGACUACCACCUCCUCGCGCUCCCCUCCUUCCUCCGCCGCCGCUUCAACCGCCUCCGCAUCGGCUUCUUCCUCCACAGCCCAUUCCCGUCCUCGGAGCUCUACCGCAGCCUCCCCGUCCGCGACGAGAUCCUCAAGUCGCUCCUCAACUGCGACCUCAUCGGCUUCCACACCUUCGACUACGCCCGACAUUUCCUCUCCUGCUGCAGCCGCAUGCUCGGCCUCGAGUACCAGUCCAAGAGGGGAUACAUUGGGCUCGACUACUUUGGCCGCACCGUCGGGAUCAAGAUCAUGCCCGUCGGGAUCAACAUGGUGCAGCUCAAGUCGCAGCUCCAGCUGCCUGAUCUCGAGUGGCGUGUUGCCGAGCUCCGCAAGCAGUUUGCUGGGAAGACUGUCCUGCUUGGUGUCGAUGACUUGGACAUAUUCAAGGGGAUCAACCUCAAGAUCCUCGCCUUCGAGCAGAUGCUCAAGAUACACCCGAAAUGGCAGGGCCGAGCUGUGCUGGUGCAGAUUGCAAACCCAAGGGCUGGCAAUGGGAAGGACCUGGAAGGACUAAAGGCUGAGAUCGAGCAAAGUUGCGCCAGGAUUAAUGGACAGCUUGGCCGCCCGGGGUAUAACCCUGUAGAGCUUGUUAAUCGGACCCUGACGAGCGUCGAAAGGAUGGCAUACUACACCGUAGCCGAGUGUGUCGUUGUCACUGCAGUGAGGGAUGGGAUGAACCUCACACCGUACGAGUACAUUGUGUGCAGACAAGGGAUUCCAGGUCUGGAUGGUUCUGGUAGCGAUACACAGAAAAGGAAGAGUAUGCUGGUUGUGUCAGAGUUCAUAGGUUGCUCGCCGUCACUGAGCGGAGCAAUCCGGGUGAACCCUUGGAACAUCGAUACAACCGCGGAGGCAAUGAACGAGUCCAUUGCUCUGUCGGAUAAUGAAAAGCAACUGCGCCAUGAGAAGCAUUAUCGAUAUGUCAGCACACAUGACGUUGCCUAUUGGUCCAAGAGCUACAUUCAUGAUCUGGAGAGAAGCUGCAGGGACCAUUUUAGGAGGAGGUGCUGGGGUAUUGGGCUAGGAUUUGGAUUUAGAGUGGUUGCUCUAGACCGCAACUUCAAGAAACUUACCGUGGAUUCUAUUGUGGCUGAUUACAAGAAGUCAAACAGCAGGGUUAUACUCCUGGACUAUGAUGGAACUCUAGUACCACAAACGACCAUCAAUCGAACUCCAAAUGAAACUGUGGUUAACAUAAUGAAUGCUCUGUGUGCUGAUAAGAAGAAUGUUGUUUUUAUUGUCAGUGGAAGAGGUAGGGUUAGCCUUGAGAAGUGGUUCAGCUCUUGCCCAGAGCUUGGCAUUGCGGCUGAACAUGGCUACUUCAUGAGGCGGACAAGGGAUGAGCAAUGGCAAAUAAAUAACCAGUGCUCAGAGUUUGGAUGGAUGCAAAUGGCAGAGCCAGUAAUGAACCUAUAUACAGAAGCAACUGAUGGAUCAUAUAUCGAAACCAAAGAGAGUGCUUUGGUCUGGCACCACCAAGAUGCUGACCCUGGUUUUGGAUCUGCACAAGCAAAGGAAAUGUUGGAUCAUCUGGAGAGUGUUCUUGCGAAUGAGCCAGUCUCUGUGAAGAGUGGCCAGCACAUUGUCGAAGUUAAACCUCAGGGUGUCAACAAAGGAUUUGUCGCUGAGAAGAUCCUAUCAAUGCUGACAGAAAACAAAAGACAAGCAGAUUUUGUCCUCUGCAUUGGCGAUGAUCGAUCAGAUGAGGAUAUGUUUGAAGGAAUUGCUGAUAUUAUGAAGAGGAGCAUUGUUGAUCCCGAGACCUCGUUAUAUGCCUGCACAGUCGGCCAGAAACCAAGCAAGGCCAAGUAUUAUUUGGAUGAUACUAAUGAUGUUCUGAACAUGCUGGAGGCACUUGCAGAUGCAUCAGAGGAGGUUAGUUCACCAGAAGAAUCGGAGAUACUAUCUCCAUCGGAAGAUGCAUGAUGAAGUACAGAAGAAGGAAGAGCAUAGUUUGUAGUGCUGCAACCAGCAGUGUUCUGACUAAAAUUGAUGGCAAUUUCCGUCAGCAGAAAAUGCAACUUUAGCAAUAUUCAGAUAGUCAGAUCAAUGUCAAUAAUGUAGUAUUGAUCUGUGUUCUUUUUGCUCCUUUUACUUUUUUUUGCCUUAUCUUAUUUUUGGAGUAAAUUUUCAUUUUCUCUCGAUAGAUAAGUGGCCUGGAGGGAAGAAUCCAUGGCGGGUACCUUUUCUAGCCUUUUUUUUCACCUUAGUAUUAGUAUCAGGUAGUGUAAGUAAGAUUUGAGUUUUCUGGAAGUUUAUAGAGUAUAAGUCGAAAUUAGUAUGUGAUGAUCAUAUGGUCAUUUUGCCUA